AUGUCCAAUUCCAUCGUCAACAGCACCCCCUACCCCUUCCAGUUCAACCCUCCAACCUUGCAAAAGCUUGGCAAGCCCGGCCAGACCGCAGACGUAACUGGCACUCUGAAGAAUGUCCGCGGAAAAAUCCCAUCCGUCCAUGUAUCAGCUCUUCGCACGAUGAUGCUCGAGGCCCAUAAUGACCCUACCAAGAUCCUCGCCCACGCCUGCAGCUAUGAUGGUCUUUCAUCACGACUCUGCGAGGAAGCUGGAUUUCCCAUGAUCUUCCUCGCUGGUUAUGCUGUAGCUAGUGCUUACGGUUUGCCUGACACUGGUUAUAUCGCUAUGGCUGAGGUGUGCGAUAAGAUUCAGGAAACGGUGCGGCAGGUCUCUGUGCCUGUUAUGGCCGAUGGAGAUACGGGGUAUGGUAGCCCGCUGAAUGUCAAAAGAACUGUGGAGAGUUAUGCCCACGCUGGUGCAGCUGGAAUCAUGAUUGAGGACCAAACCUGGCCAAAGCGAUGCGGCCAUACCAAGGGCAAGUCUGUCGUCUCUCGUGGUGAGGCAUAUGCCCGUAUCCAGGCUGCUUGCGACGCUCGAGAUCAAGGCAAAGAUAUUUUCAUCCUAGCGAGGACUGACGCUUUGAUCCACGGCUGGGAAGAGGCCAUGAGCCGUGCCAAAGAGUUCAAGAGAAUCGGUGUCGAUGCUGUUUUUGUCGAGGCCCUUCCCGAUCGUGAGUCUAUGCGACGAUGUGUAGAAGAGAUUGGCAUCCCCACAUUUGCAAACAUCAUUGAAGGAGGAAAGACGGAGAAUCUAUCUGCAAAGGACCUUGCGGAACUAGGAUUCUGUGCUGUGGCAUAUCCCUGGACGCUUGUGGCUGCGAAGCUCAAGAGUAUCCGUGAGACCUUGGAAGAAUUGAAGAAGAGUAUGACCGUUGGAAAGCCGCCUAUGAUUCUUUCAUACAACGAAGUUUGUGAGGGCGUUGGAUUCAAUAAGUACUGGGAUUUGGAGGAGAGGUACAAGUUCAAGGAUGAUGGACUUGUGACUGAGUCCACAAACGGCCGCUCUUAG